AUGAAACAUAUUAAAUGUCGGCCAAAGAUAUUAACAAUAUUACCGAACGGUGCGAAUAUUGGUAUUACGGGUGCCGUCAAAUGGUUAAACACAAGAAUCUUAAGGAGCGCACAGACAACUGUCGCUAUAAACCGGCACAAUGUUCAGCAACACUUGACGGCACCGGUAGUGUUGGACAACGAAAUGAACGCCGAUAUGACCGACAAAACACUGUCAAUAUUAAGGAAAAUGUUGAGAAAAAAUAACACACUAUUAGAUGUGUGUAGAAAUGUGGUCUAUUACAUGGAGCUUGAGUUUGGCACCGUUUGGACUUGUUUGGCCAACUCAUACAAUAAUAAUGACUAUAGUUGGCACAUUAAGAAACAAACUGGUUUCUAUAUGGUAUUUGAUUGGGGAGUAUUUAAGAUGCGAUUAAAGCGUAACAAAAUUGCCCGCAAAUUGGAUACUAAGGCGACAACAAUGAAAACAUCGAUGGUAUCGGUUGUGACGGACAUUGUGUUUAAGGCCUUUGAUAUGGCGGACGGUUUAAUCGACACACCAACCCAUAUAAAAGCUCAAAUGGCGACCGAAUAUCCGGAUAUUAACAAUAUUACCGAACGGUGCGAAUAUUGUAAUAACGGGUGUUUACAAGUGGUCACACAAAAUGACCUUAAAGAACACACAGACAACUGUCGCUAUAAGACGGCACAAUGUUUAGCAUGCAAUUGUGUGCACACAUCGGGGCGCGACUGUAUUGAAUCGUUACGCGCAGAGAUCGAGGCAUUAAAAGCAAUUAAUAAUGAGUUGAAAAAUGGUCAUGGUUAUAAUGACAGUAAUUUGGAUCAAUCAGUAUUACCAAGUAAAGAGUUGUCGGCACAUCAGAUACUGGCCGAGUGUAGGCAACACCUGUCGACACCGGUGGUGUUAGACAACCAAUUGAACGCCGAUAUGACCGACAAAACACUGUCUAUAUUUCGGGAAAUGUUGACAAAACAUAACACACUAUACGAUGUGUGUAAACAUGUGGUCGAUUACAUGGACCUCGAGUACGGCAGUAGUUGGCACUGUUUGGUUGAUUAUGACGAAUACAAUGGAUGUUUAAUGAUCGAUCACAAUUAUUUGUUUUAUUGGUCCAAUUUGAAGGCCCGACUCGAGCGCAACAAAAUUGCCCGCAAAUUAGACAUAUAUUAUACGGCUAUGAAUGAGUCGAUGGUAUCGUUUGUGACGGACAUUGUGUUUGAGGCCAUCGACAGUAAUGACAACAUAAGCGCUACAAUUCAUUACAUUGUGACCCAAAUGAAGGCCAGAUAUCCGGUCAGAGAGUGGCAGUGCUUUGUCUACUAUAGAGGUUUUGGUGAUCGAUAUGUACAAUACGUUAACAACAAUUUUAUCCAUUGUCACGUCGACCAGAUUACCAUCAUUAUUUUUGAAACUAGAUUGUAUUAACAUUUAAUUGUUGUUUUGAUUAAUUUUGAUAACCACACC